UAUGGGUAAUUGCUGUGGAGGUCAAAACUUAACAAAUGCAAAUUUUUAGAUAGCAACCUACGAUUUAUCAUUUUAAGAUGCAUCAAAAUUAGAUUUGAGUCUUCUAAAUAGAAAGGCAUUAUAAAUAUAGAGUAUGUUUAAAAUAGAAUGAAUAUAAGAAUAUUAUCGAGGUUAUGCAGUAAGGAAGAAGAUGUAGAAAUAAUAAACAAAGGCAUUAGCAUAAACAUCAGAUGAAACUUUUAUUUAUUAAUAUAGAUCGAAUUAAAAGGAGAAUGUAAAGAAUAAGCAGAAUGUUUUAAAAUUUAACAUGGAUGGUUAGUAACAUAUUCCUGUGUUUAAUGUAAAAGAAGUUAACAUAAGUUAAAAGUACAGUGAAAAAAUAAAAAGUGUAUGAAAUUAUGUUUAGAUCAAAAGGUUCUCGAUAAAUUGGAUCCAUUUAAUUUUAAUUAAGAUGGAUAAUUCAUAGAUUAUCCAUUUUCAAAGGCAUUGUUGAUAGGUGAUGUCAUAUAUGAAGGACAAUGGAAUAAUUGGUAUUAAUUAUUUAUUAUGAAAGUUAAAAACAUGGUAGAGGAAGACAAUUUUGGUUAGAUGGUUCAUAUUAUGAAGGUUAUUGGUUGAAUAAUUGUUAACAUGGUAGAGGCAGAUUAUUAUUGGCACAAGGAGAUAUAUAUGAAGGAGAUUGGAAAAAUGAUAAAGUUCAUGGUUUUGUAACAUUGUAAAGUAUUAAUAGUAGGGUACUUACAUUCAUUAGAAUGGAGCAAAGUACAUAGGAUAAUGGGAGAAUGAUAAAUAGCAUGGUAAGGGUUAGGAGUAUUGGCCAGAUGGAUCUACUUUUGAAGGAAAUUAUAAGAAUGGGUAGAAGAAUGGGAUUGGAAUAUUAAGAGAGGCAGAUGGUUCAGUUUAUGAAGGAGAGUUUUAAGAGAAUAGAUUUGAAGGUCAUGGAGAUUAUAAGAUUGUAGGUGGAAAGAGAUAUGUUGGUUAGUACAAGAAUAAUAAGAUGCAUGGGAAAGGGGUGAUUUAAUUUGAUUAUAUAUGAUAGACAUUUUAUUGGAAUGAUGGGAAGAGAUAUGAAGGAGAUUAUGUUAAUGGUGUAAAAUAAGGAUAUGGGAUAUUAUGUUAUCCAGAUGGGAGGGUAUUAAUGAAAUAAAUAUAAGAUUUUUAAAGGAUAUUGGUAGAAUGGGAAAUAACAUGGUAUUGGAAUUUAUAUUGGGAAAUCAAAGGUUGAGAAAGAAGGAGAAUGGAUUGAUGGAAAGCGAGUUAGAUGGAUUAGAAAAGGUGGAGAAGUACCCAUAAUCCAAUCUUGA